AUGGCUUCCCCUUUAUGCUGUUGUGACGCAAACUUGCGCUUACACGUCGCUACAGAAGUGAAGAGGGAGACCAAGACAGAAGCAGCAGCGGCUCCAAACAAGACCACCACCACUAAAGCAAAGUCUACGAAGCGCAAAGCCGAGGAUGAUACUCCCGCUGCUGCGCCGGCCAAGAAGGCCAAGACCAUGACAAAGGGUGCUGUCAUCAACGAACCACCCACACAACGCCUUAACAUCUACGUCUUUGGCGAGGGUACCGCAGGCGAGCUCGGUCUUGGCACGGCGAAGAACGCUAUCGAUGUUAAGCGUCCGCGUCUCAACCCCAAUCUGGCUGCCGACAAGGUUGGUGUCGUCCAGUUGUCUGCCGGCGGCAUGCAUGUCGUCGCACUUACGCACGACAACAAGAUCUUGACGUGGGGUGUUAACGAUCAGGGUGCGCUUGGCAGAGAUACCACGUGGGAAGGUGGACUCAAGGAUAUGGAUGCUGCGGAUGAUGACGACGAUGAUGAUGACGAGGACGACAACGGGCUUAACCCAAAGGAAAGCACGCCCGGUGAGGUCGACUUCUCCACCUCUGACAUUGCCGACGGCACACGCUGGGUGCAGGUCGUAGCUGGUGACUCGUGCUCUUUCGCACUGACGGACGACGGUUUCGUCUACGGGUGGGGCACCUUCCGCGGCAACGAAGGCAUCUUUGGCUUCAAUCCCACUACCAUUACCGCUAACCGCCCGGUCCUGGUGCCCGAACUGAAAAAGAUCACUCACAUCGCUGCCGGCGCGAACCACGCUCUCGCUCUCGCCUCCAACGGCGCAGUCUUCGCCUGGGGUUCGGGCCAACAAAACCAACUCGGUCGUCGCGUAGUGGAGCGCACCAAGACCGAGGGCCUGAAGCCUCGCGAGUUCGGCCUACCCAAGGGCGCAAAGAACGGCAUCGUCGCCAUCGAAACAGGAAGCUACCACAGCUUCGCCAUCGACAAAGCCGGCAAUGUCCACGCCUGGGGCCUGAACAACUAUGGCGAGACCGGCAUCCCGGAUAACGCAGGUGCAGACGAAGCGUUCGUCCUCAAACCUCGCAUCAUCGAAGCGCUGCAAGGCAAGAAAGUGAUCAGCAUCAAAGGCGGCGGGCACCACUCUCUCUGCGCGACCGAAGACGGCGACUGCCUGAUUUGGGGUCGUAUCGAUGGUGGCCAGAUCGGCAUCUCCGAAGACACUAUCAAGGCUAUGCCCGAAGACAAGGUCAAAAGCGACGAAAGCGGCCGUCCGCGUAUUCUUCUCGUUCCGACUAAGGUUUCUGCUAUCGAAGGCGCGGUCAGCCAUGUAACUACCAGCAGCGACCACAAUAUUGUCAUCACCAAGGAGGGCAGGGCGUGGAGUUGGGGAUUCAGUGCGAACUACCAGACGGGCCAGGGCACGACGGAGGAUGUCGAGGUGGCGACGUUGAUUGAUAAUACUGCUGUACGCGAGCAGAAGCUCAAUUUUGCGACGGCGGGUGGCCAGUUUGGGAUUGUUACUUCACUUGCGGAAUCGCCGUGA